CUCUCUCUUUCCGCCAAAUACACAACUACUACUACCCCCUCUCUCUCUCUCCGUUCUCCUUUUCUCCUCCACGGCAGUUUUAUAUAAAAUUCGCGGCUUUCAAAAGCAAACCAAAACGGCAAAGUUUGAACUUUGAACUCUCCUCCUCCCCGCACCGCCGCAUCCCUUUCUUUCCCCCACCCCUUCCCGCUACGACAAACCAUAGCAUAUCCUCGUCUCAACACUCUCCUCUGCCUGAUCAAAAAAGAAAAUCAAAUGCGGUGAGAUCUGCGGGGUCGUGAUCCUCAAACCAUUUGGCUCUGGUAACUGCAACUGCAAAACGGCACAGCCAUGGAGCAGUACGAGGUACUGGAGCAGAUCGGCAAAGGAGCAUUUGGUUCUGCCCUGCUUGUCAGGCACAAGGUGGAGAAGAAGAAGUAUGUGUUGAAAAAGAUCCGGCUUGCCAGGCAGACAGACCGCACUCGCAGGUCUGCUCACCAGGAGAUGCAGCUCAUUGCCACAGUGAGGAACCCAUUCAUCGUGGAGUACAAGGAUUCAUGGGUGGAGAAGGGUUGCUAUGUUUGCAUCAUUAUAGGAUACUGUGAAGGAGGAGACAUGGCUGAAGCUAUUAAAAGAGCUACAGGUGAUCAUUUCUCUGAGGAGAAGCUUUGCAAGUGGCUUGUGCAGCUCCUCAUGGCCCUUGACUAUUUGCAUGCAAAUCACAUUCUUCACCGUGAUGUGAAGUGCUCAAACAUUUUUCUUACUAGGGAUCAAAGUAUAAGACUAGGUGACUUUGGGCUUGCAAAAAUAUUGACCUCUGAUGAUCUAGCAUCCUCUGUGGUAGGAACACCAAGUUAUAUGUGCCCAGAACUACUUGCUGAUAUACCUUAUGGUACCAAAUCUGAUAUUUGGUCACUAGGAUGUUGUAUAUAUGAAAUGACUGCUCUGAGGCCUGCAUUUAAAGCUUUUGAUAUGCAAGCUCUUAUCAGUAAGAUCACCAAGUCAAUUGUGUCGCCAUUGCCAACUAGAUAUUCUGGUGCAUUUAGGGGACUUAUUAAGAGCAUGCUACGAAAAAGUCCAGAACACAGGCCAAGUGCAGCUGAACUACUCAAGCAUCCACAUCUCCAACCCUAUGUGCUGCAAGUCCAUUUGAAAUCUUCUCCUGCUCGCAACAUAAUUCCUUCCCAUCAGUCUCCGAUUGACAAGGUUAAGAAAAUGACAUUUCCCACUGAGUCCAUGUGCAGAAGCAAGGGCAGGAGAAACUCUUUGGGUAAUGAGAGAAUCGUGACCUUCAGCAAACCUUCUCCUGAAAGGAAGUUUACUAGUUCUAUUCAGAGUAUCAAGGAUUACUCAACUACUCGGAGUGUCAAAGAUUUAUCUAUCGAUGUUAGUUUGGUCGAGGAGGUUAGUAGUAAAACAACUUUUACCACAAGAACAUCGAGUAUUGUGAAGACUCCCAAGAGAACUCCAAGCAAAACAAUCACAACUCCCCAGUUAGAACCUCCAAAGGUAUCUUACAACAGAGUAAAUCGGAGCGAGCUGCUUUCAAGAACACCGGUGAACAGAAGCGCUCGGGUAAUCCGCAGAGCUUCCCUCCCACUCCCACUGCCAUCAUCCGAGACACCGAAGCGCGGCGUCAGCAGCAUCAGCAUCCUCGAGCAGCUGGAAUCCCCCGACGUAUCCGUGAAUUCGCCUCGGAUAGACCGGAUCGCCGAGUUCCCGCUGGCCUCAUCCGAAGAUCCACCGUUCCUCAAGCUCCACGGACGCCGCUCUCCAACUCCAACGCCACAGCAUUGCGUCAUCGACCAGUCGAUCACCAAGGACAAAUGCAUGGUCGAAGCGUUCCACAUCAUCGACGUCGAUGACGACGACGGGAGGAGCGACUCGUCGUCGGGCCGUAACAACGCCGCGGCGGCUGCCUCGAGCCGCGCCGGCUCGUCGGAGUCGACGAGGCAGCGGCGGUUCGACACGUCGUCGUACCAGCAGCGCGCGGAGGCGCUGGAGGGGCUGCUGGAGUUCAGCGCGCAGCUGCUGCAGCAGGAGAGGUACGACGAGCUGGGCGUCCUGCUCAAGCCAUUCGGCCCGGAGAAGGUGUCCCCGAGGGAGACGGCCAUCUGGCUCACCAAGAGCUUCAAGGAGACAGGGCUGUAAGCAUAUGCGAUCACUCUCACCUUGCUCUAGAAAACAAAUGAGCAGAAGCAAAUUAAAUUGUAGCUCAGGAAAGAUUAGUUGCUGACAGUGUGACACCAUCUCAGUGUUGCCUCCCCCAACUAGCUUAUGAAAGAUUAUUCAGUGAUCAUCUAUGGAUUAACAAGGAAGUAGCGGUAGUUCUAUACUUCUAUGUGGUGUUGGUCUGAAGCAGGAAGUAGUAGUAGUUCAUGUUUCUAACCAUGUAGGAGUACUUGACAGGUAAACUGGGCAUUCCAGCCCGGCUGAAGAAUCAUCCAGUUGAUUGAUUUUGUUUCUGUUUGAAUAGCAUUUCUCUUGUUCAUGUAAUCUUGAGUUAUUGAAGGUUUAGAGAGAGAGAGAGAGAGAGCUGCUUGCCUUGUAUUAUCCAAAGUAGGAAUUCAGACAAUGGCCAUAUCUGAUGGAGACAACAAGAAGAAUUUGAGGAGCUUGUACUGUA